AUGGCCACGAAGAAGGCGACCUCGAAGCGGCUGGCUGUGAAGAACCCCACGCCAGAGCAAGUGCAGGAUGCUCUGGAGGGUUUGGAGAUAACGGCCGCCCAGCGCAGCCAGGCAGUCUCCGCGUUCGCGGGGUUCGGCAUGGGCGCGGACGAGAAGCACGAGGAGAUGGUGAAGCUGUAUGUCGGUCUCAGGAGCCUGAAGGACCCGCAGAACACAGGAGAGGGCCGCAUUAACAAGAAGCUCGUGGAAACUUGGAGGCACAAGGUGGAAAUCAGUGUAUCUCGUAAGAGCAUUUUCUACCUCGUGCCGAAAGCGGUGAAGCCGGACCUGCCUGCCGACAUGAAGAAAAAGCACGGCGCUGUGGCGUUGCAGUUUCUCGUCGUCCCAAGCGACGUGAUGAAGUUUCCGAAGGAGAUCGAUAUGUGGGUGGUCAGCGGCAGCUUCCCCAAAUUCGACCUGGAGCCCGUGGUAGAGGAGGCGGAGCUGAACCUGAAGAGGUCGUGGAAGCCUCCGAAGGGAGGCAUGCCGCGACUGGACGCGGCGAUCGCAGAUGGCAAGACCACCGCCACCCUGGCAGACGAGGAUGUCACGCCUCCCAAGUUGGACGCCAUCGCGGCCGCCGCCGUGGCGCGCAGCCCCGCGCCUUCGGCGGAUCUCGCCGCGCAGGAAGAGGAGGACGCGGCAGUCCAGGAGAUGCUGAACGAGGCGAAGGGUGCCGUGCAGAGCCGCCGUCUCUUCUCGCCGUCGACGAAGCUCUCCCCAGAGUACAUGGACUUCUGGGUAGACCAGUUCCUGGACCAUGUUUCUCGGUUGAAGAAGACUCGCGGGGGGGUGUCGGAGCAGGAAUUCACCGCCAGCCUGGGUCCGUCCUGCAGCAGGUUCCUCCCCGACAUUGUGACCUGGCUGUUGCAGGAGAAGGAGUGGGUGCCAGUCCGGGGUUUCGCCGAGAACGUCCAAGACCGCGUCAAAGACUUCGGGUAUUUGGUCCCGCCUCUGCUCCAGGUCAUAAUGGACAUGGCCAUGAAGGAAGCGCAGGGCGUCGUCGACCUUGACUCGGUGAAGCAGCUGGGGAAGCUUCAGUAUCGCUCCGCGCUCUUCCUGUCGCAGAUGUACCGCGCUUGCAACGCGCACGGCAGGGUGGCGACGUGUGAGCGCACGCUGAGGGGCGGUAAACCGCUGGCGGGGAAGGACAUCUCCGCGCUUCAGGCACUGCUGGGAGAGACGCCAGAGGAUGACGAGGGCGCGAGGGGCCAUCUCGAGUUUGCCGUGGAGUCCUUCCGCGGCCAUGCAGACGACAAGGCGCGCCUGGCGUGGAUCGCCGAGGACUUCUCGCGCGUCGCGCUGCUGUCCGACUGGGAGCCUGGCCGCCCGUGGUGCUGCGUCGGGCCGCUCGUCGGGGAUGCCGCGCAGAUGAAGAGCGCCGCGCUGGGCACCAUCACGAAGGCGGCCGAGUUCUUCCGCGACCACGCCGAGCUGAUCGAUCUCAUCCCCAACAAAGCGCGCAAGGACCCGCUGAAGGAUUAUCGAAAGAUCCAGGCAAGGGGGGCGGCACAUCCAAUCCAGAACCUCAG